UUACACUAAGUGAAAAUGGGUACAAAAAUCGAAUAUGUCGAUACGACUCACUUAUACGCCACAAAAUACAUUAGGAAUUCAAAGGCAAUUGCCGUUCUCUGGACCAUUUUUACAAUUUGCUAUGCGAUUAUAAGCAUCGUAGCGUUUGUGACGCCAGAAUGGGUUGGUGAUCCAGAUAAUGAGAGCGCAGGGCGUUUAGGCCUUUGGCAGGUGUGUCAGAAAGAUGAAAUAUUCGAUAAUUGUAAGAGACGAUGGGAAAAUAUACUUUCAGUGCCAACGUUUUCAUUUCAAUUGGCUACAUUAUUUAUGGCGGCCGCUGUGGCCCUGGCCUUGCUCACUAUCUGUUUCUUAAUUUUUUUGAUUUUCAUGAAGUCAACUAAAGUAUUUCACAUUUGCGGUUGGAUGCAGAUUAUAUCAGCAAUAUGUAUGAUUGUCGCUUGUGCUGCUUUCCCCUUCGGUUGGAAUUCAGAUGAUUUUCGCAAAAUUUGUGGUCCAGAUGCAAAUCGGUUUGAAUUGGGUUUAUGUGGCAUUCGCUGGGCAUACCCGUUAGCAAUAAUUGGUUGUGUUGAUGGAGUUGUUCUAGCUACACUUGCCUUCAUAUUGGCCACCAGACACGUACGCCUGCAGCCAGAGCCAUUAUAUCAAAGUUCAUUGUAUAAAGUCUAUUCCACAGGUGAAAUCAAUAACGCGUAUAUAACAGAUGCAGUUAGUUUAGCGGGAUCGAGGAAAUCAUUAAAUUUACAACCCAUUUUGCUAGUAGCACCACCGCACAAUGUUACACUAUAAAAUUUUGUAAUUUAUUUUAAUGAUACUAUUAUAUGUUAUUUUUAUUUAUUUAUAUUUUAAGCUUGUUCGUUUAAUGUUAAUUUCGCUAUUUUGAACGAAAUUUUUACUAUUUUGUAUUUUGGUUUUAAACUUUGGUAAAUUAUAUGAAGAAUUAUAGCUUUCAAACUGUUAGUAUUUAAUUAAUGACUCUUAAACUGUAUUCUUUGAAAUUUCAAACUGUACAUCUGGCAUUCAAAGUGUAUCUCAGUUGGAUCAUGUAAAAAUUAAACUAAAAGAAAUAAAUAAAAUGAAAUUGUAAAUAUUUUAAAUCGA